AUGGAUUCGGUUGCAUGCAUGCUAGCUAAGCUAGCAAGCCCUGUUCAAGUGCACGCAGGGCCGUCCAGUGCGUGCGCGAGCCGGUCGGCCGCCUCGAGCUCGCCCGGUCUCGCUCCUCUCCAGCCCGGCCUCGUCGCGGCUCCUUUGCUGCCUCCCCGCCGUCUCGACCGUGCACGCCCCGGCGCCAGACCUCGCCCUGGCCUCGCCACUUCACCCGCGCCGCCCCAGCUCCGCAGCCUCGCCUCGUCCCCACGGAGCCCGUUCCGCUUCACGCGCGCCCGCAGUCGGCCGCACCAGGCUCCCGUCCGGCUGGCUGCUACCGCGCCACCGUUCGGCUUUGGCCGCCCUUCUCCGCGCGCUCCUGGGCCGCUUCCGGACCGCCCGUCGCCUGCUGCUCCGCACCCGGCUGUUCCCGUCGCCGCCCCUCCGGCGCGCCGGCUCGCCCAACAGCCGGCUCCUCCCCUGCCGACCUCCGCCCGUUCGCACCAGCCGGCCGCGCCCGGCCCGCGCGUGCGCCUGCUUUCCAUCGUGCCCGGCCGCGUCCGGCUCCCUGGUGCCGCCUCGCGCCCGGUCGGGUACGGCUCCGUCUGCCUCCGAACGCCCACCCCAGGCCGGCUGCGGGUCGCCGCUCCAGCCAGCCGUCUCAGCCGACUGUCCGAGAAGAGAAAAAGGGCCGUCUGCCCGAUGGCUGGCUAG